AUGAAACUCCUAACUCUGCUCUUCCUGCUACUGGCCUUACACUGCUGUCAUCCCGCUUCAGUGUUUGUGAGCCAGAAAGAUGCCCACAGAGUUUUUGCUCGAACUAAGCGAGCAAACUUAGGCUGGUUCGAAGAGCUGAAGAUGGGUGAUCUGGAGAGGGAGUGUCUAGAGGAAAAAUGCUCUUAUGAGGAGGCCAGAGAGGUGUUUGAACACACAGAAGUUACGGAUGAAUUCUGGAAAACAUACAAUGUCAAAGAUGUUUGUCUGUCAAGGCCAUGUAAAAACAACGGUACCUGCAUGCAACUAAUGGAAAUGUACACAUGCAUUUGCCCACGGGGUUUCCUUGGGCGUGACUGCGAGUACAUAAUUAAAGAAAUUCCUGACUCCUGCCUUCAUAAAAAUGGCAGAUGUGACCAUUUUUGUGCGGAGGGAAAGGGGCCACGUAGCUGUUCCUGUGCAGAUGGGUACUUCCUUGGGACAGAUGGUCAAAGCUGUCUAACCAAUGAGCUCUUUCCUUGUGGCAAGGUCCCACUUCUUCAAGGCAACACUGGUACAAAUAAGGACCUUCAGCAGGACCCACGGGCACGUAUAGUAGGAGGCACAGAGUGUCCCAGAGGUCACUGCCCCUGGCAGGUCUUGCUGAAAUAUGGUGACAAGGGCUUCUGUGGUGGUGUGAUCAUAAAGCCCACAUGGGUCCUCACGGCUUCUCACUGUUUAGAGAAGCUCGCUGUCAAGUUUCUAAAGAUUGUUGCAGGCGAGCAUGACAUUGACAUAAAUGAAGGUUCGGAGCAGACAAUAGAAGUGCAGGAGAUAAUCAUGCACCCCGACUACGUCUCAGCAAAUGCGGACAGCGACAUCGCCCUUCUGCGUCUCCACCGGCCCAUCAUCUACAGCACAUAUGCCGUUCCUGUGUGCCUUCCUCGCCGAGACCUUGCCACACGGGAACUGUGGGCCAUCCACCUUCACACCGUGAGCGGAUGGGGACGGCGUAGUGAGGGCGGGCCUACCUCACGGGUUCUACGGAAACUCGACGUGCCACGGAUUCGCACGCAAGACUGCGUGAAGGACAGCAAUAUUUCGCUGACCGAUAACAUGUUCUGCGCUGGCUACAUUGAAGGUAAAGAAGACUCCUGCAAGGGUGACAGUGGUGGACCUUUGGUGACCCGUUAUGGAAACACUACAUUUCUCCUGGGAAUUGUGAGCUGGGGGAAAGGAUGUGCACGCCCAGGACACUAUGGCAUAUACACACGUGUGUCCAAUUACCUGGAGUGGAUAGACAAGCAUGUCUUGGCACCAGUUGUCAAUUCAACAAAGGCACCACUGGCAUAA